AUGGCCUUCACCUAUAAUGCAGACCUUGUAUGCAUGAAAGACAGCGCCUCCAACUGGUGUUUCGUGGAGUCACAGACAUGGCAAGGGAGCGACUACAUUCGCUGGGAUCCAACCAUGUGCUACAGCGACGGCGACGACCAGAGUUCAGUGCCUGCUCAAUGCACUGAUCCCGACUUCGAUAUAGGCGCCGUCACAGACGACAUGUCCGCCCUCACCAUGAUAUACGACAAGGAACUGGGGAACUGCUCCACACAGCUGCCCUACACUACUUCGGCCUCCACUUUGUACGUAGGGCGGGCAACGGCAACGGCUCCUACCACCACGGGUCCAUCGACUAUAGCUCCAACAGCAACACCAACUUGUCUGGGUCAAAUGGUGCAGCCGCUGAAACAAUGGCUCACCUGCAACGAUCUCAGUGAUACGUACGGUAUCUCAACUGGUGAUGCUCGGGUUAUCACCAAUAAUGAAAACUGCUAUUUCAACGAAACCACCUGCUUUCCCUUUCCAUGCAUGCUUGAUAUCGUUUGGGACGAGCCAAAUUGCGACGAGCUUGCACAGAGAUAUUCCAAUUCAACUUACAAAAUCACCGUUGGCCAAUUCCUCAGUUGGAACGCCAACAUCCAGGGUAGUUGUUCGGGAGUUGCGAUGGGACAGCGUGUAUGUAAAGGCGCGCCGGGCGGCACAUAUCCCAAACCCACCGCAACCAUCACGGCGCCUGCGGGAACGGGGACGCCAACAUACUACACAACAGCCACGCCAGCCCACCCAACCCAGAGUGGAACUAUCAAGGACUGUGGCCAUUAUGACUUCGUCGAAGCCGGCGACGACUGCGCUACCGUCUCCCAGCGCUGGGGUAUAACCUUCAGCCAACUUCAGACAUACAACACCUACCUAGACUCCAAGUGCCUCAACUUGUGGCUCCAUUACGAUGUGUGCGUCGCCCGCGUCACGCCUCAGACAGUGUCGAAGGAUGGGGCCUGCCCGCCGGGAGUGACCUGUGUGGGAAGCACCUUCGGCGACUGCUGCUCUCCAUAUGGCUUCUGCGUUAAUGACCCCAAAUACUGCGUCGAGGGCGGUGGCACAGGGACAAAGGACGGUACCUGCGGACCAGACCACGGUGGCACGACCUGCACCCCUCAGUUUGGCACCUGUUGCAGCAUCUACGGGUACUGCGGCAGUACCUCUGACUUCUGCGGCGCUGGGAACUGCCACUCCGGCGCCUGUGAGACAGAUAAUGGUGGCCCAUCAACAAAUGGCGAGUGCGGACCGCUGUUUGCUGGAAACAAAACCUGCACCGGCACCCAGUUUGGAAACUGUUGUUCUAAAUCUGGGUAUUGUGGCAGUACGAGUGCCUAUUGUUCUGGCUCUAAUUGCUAUAGUGGCGCAUGUACAGAGUAA